AUGGCACAGGGCACUGCUUCCCCCACCUCCCAGCCUGGCGCACCAGAGCCCAAUAGCAACAACACCUUCACUGCUUCCCCCUUUUGUUCGCCCAUUAUCACCUUGCAAUUCCGCUCGUCGACCCUUACUGCACACCGCGCCCUUGUCUUCCGCAGCUCUAAGCUCGCCCUGCUCUGCGACCCCUCAACCAGGUACAUCGAUCUGGGGCAUAUCUCGACCGGCGCUGGCCAUGUCCUCGUGCAGUAUCUCUACACCAACAAGUACCAGUCCCUGGAAUGGAACCAGAGCUGGGAUAGCCCCGACGUCCGCAUCUCACAAUACAAGACGGCUUUCGAGGUCUACAAUGCCGCCCACGCGUACGACCUUGGCGGCCUCGAGGGCCUGGCCAAGGAGCGAAUCGACCUCCUAGGCUCUGGACUCGAUCUUUUCACUAUCAUCGACCUCGUCAAGGAAAUCUAUCCCGCUCCGGUGGCCGACGACUCGUGGCUUCCCGGCUACAUCAAGUCGUGCAUCAAGUCCGCGUUCCAGAACCCCAGGUCGUUGCUCGCCUCAAAGUUUCCCCUCGACUUUGGCGACAGCACGUCCGUUGCCAAGCUCCUUCUCAAAGGCGUCCUCGAGGUUUACUACGACAUGGUCGACUCCCUGCCAGCCACGCAAACGGCCACGGUAGACGGAACCCAGCUUGUGCAGACCGAUAGAGCCGUCGUGGGUUUGCCAACACAGACGGUUCGGAAGAGGGUGUCGUUUGAUGAAACAGCCCAGCCCACACCGGCUCCGGCAGCCGAGGCUGAAAAGCGCCCGUACAUUGUCGACGCCCUUCAUCCGAUGGAAAAGUCGACCGACUUAGCGUCUCGUGCUGGCGAAAAUGUCAGCGAUAAAAUCCAGCCCGAAUUUGCCGCGAAACGCCUCGAUCAGACUAGAUUGGCGCUUGCCGUCGAGCCGGAACUGGCACCGGCACCCGUCUCAGACCAAGUCAACCCGGAGACUCCUUGCGAUGAACCUCAACUCACGCCUGUGGAUUCACAAGGCACCCAGGACUUUUUUGACGUGUGGGAGCCAAAGCCUGCUGACCCUAUGGUCGCGCCAGAGACGGUGCUUGUGGACGAGUCAAUUGUGACACCAAUCCCUGAGCCUGUCCUUCUGCCUUCUGAAGAGCUCUUGUGUGAGCCGGAACAUGCCGAAGAGCCAGCGGCUGAGCUAUUGCCGGAGCCUGUACCCGACCGCACAGGUCUCAAAGAAGACGAUCUAUGGGCAAUCCCCACCAAAAAGUCGAAGAAGGACAAGAAGAAGAAGAAGCCUACCAGUAUGUCCUGGGCUGACCUUGAGCCCGCAGCAUCUGUGCUUGAGCCGCAGAACGAAAGUGCUGAUUUCGACUAUUUCGCCGGGCCGAAGAGCGACAAAGAGGGCGACACAAGAGCCUGGGACUUCAGUCGGGUAUUGGUUGAGGAAAAGCCGGCCCCCAAAGCCGAACUGGAUAUUCAAGAAAGGCCAUCUAAGGAUCCCGAAGACGACUUCUGGGGCACUCUCCUAGAGACGAGAUCGACCCAGAUCCAGCUUGCACUCGAGCUUGAGCAUGAGCCUGAAAAGCCGCCAAUUUCACACGAGGCGGCCGCAGAGAAGGUCGAGGAUGAAUGGGGCUCAAUAACGUCAAAGAAAAGCAAGAUGAAGAAGGCUCAACUCGACUUCGAAACUGCAAAAGACCCAGAGGCCGAGCCUGCACCAGUCCCGGAAAAAGACGAUGACUCCUGGGGCCUCCCCGCCAAAAAGUCCAAGAAGGACAAGAAGGACAAGAAAAAGAAAUCGACUGAGAGCAUGCAGGACGUGAAAGACCCCGAACAGUUGGAGGACACGUCUCUUCCGAAACCCGAGCUAGUUGUUGAGGAGACAGUGUAUGAUCGGCCAGUUGCCGAGGAGAACUUCGAAGAUCUCUGGGGUUCAUGGGGCCGACCACCAGCUAAGAAGGGAAAGAAAAAGAAGAGCACUGUGGCUGAACCAGAGCCAGAUUCAGAACUGGUGCCGGCCCUGGAGCAGCUUGACGCGGUGGCCGAGAUACUGCCAGAAGCUGAACCAAUUCCCGACGAGAAGGAAGGUGAUGUUGAUAUAUGGGACACCUUGAAUAAGUACAAGACGAAAAAGAUGAGCAUAUGGUCUUCCACGUGGAACAAAGUCGAUCCUGAGUCCAAGGUUGAGCUAGAGCCCAAGCCUGAAGUGGAUCCGGCCGUCAACAAGAAUACCGAUGAUGAUUGUGCUUCUUUGACGGUAAGUAAGAAAGGCAAGAAGAAGAAGGCGAAGAAGGCACUGCCGGAGCCGGAGCCGGAGCCGGAGCCUGAACCAGAGACAGAGGAUCCGGCCCCCGACCCGUGGGCCUUUUGGGGCGCGACCAAGUCGCCUCGACAGAGCACAUAA